AUGGAUUCUGCCUCUGACGCGUGCCGCGAACAAGUUCGGCGCAUCCAGGCAGCCCUGCGGCGCUUGGGAUGGCACCAGCGCACCGGGGAUCGUGGUGCAUCCCUGAACACACCUGUUGACAGCACGGCCAAUCCAAGCGACCCACUCACCGCAUCGCCGAUGGUGACGAUGCGGUCAGCGCUGGCAAGAGCAGAGGCUCGAGCUGGCGGCGAGGCAGCUGAAGUGACGUCGCCGCGGAAGAGCAUCGUGCGUGCGCCGCCUACCUCGGCACCACUGGGAGUGCUGGGUGACCGUGAUGUGAACCGGGGCGCUUGCGAGUGCCGCAGUGGCUGCCUCACAAGUUCGGCGACAGCCUGUGGCGCUGUCCACGGAUCCACACGCCCUUGCUUGCAGGUCCUGCAGCAGCACCACGACAGCUCUGCCAGAGCAGCAGCGCCACCUAUUCACCGCACAGCAGAGCCUCGCACGUUUCUUCGGGUCGUGUGUGAUGGUGAGCGCGGCUCGGCCCAGACAGCAGCUGAUGCUCUGGCGCGCCCCUCCUCAGACUCGCUACCGCUGUCGUCCGCGGGGGGUGUGGCGGGCGCCGAUGCAUUCGACGAUCUCAUUGCAAGGGCCUGGGGAAGAGCGGAGAUGGCGACGACAGUAGGGGCGGGGGGCGUGGGUGGCAUGUGCUCCACGACCACAAUGCCUCACAGCGGAGCCGGUCGUCACUGGGGUUGUGACGGGUGUGCCGCUCCUCCCGAUGCAGCGCCGCCUUGCACGGCGGGGGUGCGGCAUCCGGCGACGUCCUCCGGCAGAGUGGCGACCCCUUCUGGCGUGUCCGCGGCGGUAUCGUCAAUGUUGCCGUUCACGGCAGCGCAGCCUCCACCGUCGAUGCAGCUCCACGACGACGGUCGCUCGAACAGCCAUCGGACAUCACAGUUGAGAGCCCCAACCACUCGCAUAGCAUCGCUCGUCGGUGCUGAUGCUGCCUCCUGCUUCAGCACCCGUGCCGAUCUCUCUAAGGAUGCACUUUAUGCCGAAGUGCGCCCGUCAGCCACGGCUUCCCAUGCCCCGCCUUCACCGCCAUCACCAAGGCAUGCCUUGGCUGCGUCGCGGCUCCAACGGCGUAUGCUACGCGCCGUGCAGCUGCUGGAUGGCGCCUUACAUGGCUCCAGCGACGGUAGCAGUGGAGGAGCCGCUACGAGAAGACUCGACAGCCUUCAUCAGAUCCUCCUGACACUGACCGACUCCUGCGGGCAGCCACUUGCGCUGCCGAGUCGUGCGACAAGUGCCGAGCUGCGUCGCUUGCGGAAGAGACUUGUGCACGAGCUGCUGCUUGGGAAUCAGACACAGGGAAUGUUGCGGCGCUCUUCGACGUCGUCGCGGGUGGCUUCAAGGCCGUCACCGCCACCUACUCCUCACGUCGCAAUCGACGACGACUUCGCAGGCGACGGUGAGGCCGACGCACGCAGCGGAGGUACCGUCCGCCUGGACGAUGUGGCGGAUGACGUGCAUCGUGCCAACCGUCCUCCGUUCCCCACAUCAGACGCCUCUUCCAUUUGUGUCGCGAGCACUCGCUCCGACAUGCCGACCCCCACCGCCGUCGCGGCUGCGCCCCCGCCUGCGCCUCCUCCAUCGUCAGCCUUGGACCCGUACACGGAGUCGCAGCAGCGCUUUCAGCGCGAGAUCGCAACGCUGCAUCAGGCGCAGCAGCGACGGCUGCAGCUCCAGCUCCAGCGGCAGCGCACCCACGCCCUAUGA